GCGGACCCUGGCAUUAAGGACUGAGUCCUGCUGCAGACAUGGCGCUGCUGGGCCGUGCGUUCUUUGCUGGGGUGUCCCGCCUCCCCUGCGAUCCGGGUCCUCAGAGGUUUUUCAGCUUUGGAACAAAAACACUGUAUCAAAGCAAAGAUGCUCCACAGUCUAAAUUCUUCCAGCCCCUUUUAAAGCCUAUGCUACCACCUAAUGCUUUUCAAGGAAAAGUGGCUUUCAUUACUGGAGGAGGGACUGGCCUUGGCAAGGCAAUGACAACUUUCUUGUCUACCCUGGGUGCCCAGUGUGUGAUAGCCAGCAGAAAUAUUGAUGUUUUGAAAGCUACUGCAGAAGAGAUUUCUUCUAAAACUGGAAAUAAGGUUCAUGCGAUUCGGUGUGAUGUUCGAGAUCCUGAUAUGGUACAUAACACAGUGCUGGAGCUGAUCAAAGUUGCAGGGCAUCCUGAUGUGGUGAUAAACAACGCGGCAGGGAACUUCAUUUGUCCCAGUGAGAGACUGACUCCCAAUGGCUGGAAGACCAUAACUGACAUAGUUCUCAAUGGCACAGCCUAUGUGACCCUAGAAAUUGGAAAGCAGCUAAUUAAAGCACAGAAAGGAGCUGCGUUUCUUGCUAUCACUACCGUGUAUGCUGAGAGUGGAUCAGGCUUUGUAAUGCCAAGUUCUUCAGCCAAAUCAGGCGUGGAAGCCAUGAAUAAGUCACUUGCAGCUGAAUGGGGUAGAUAUGGCAUGCGUUUCAACAUAAUUCAGCCAGGACCUAUCAAAACCAAAGGAGCCUUUAGCCGUUUGGACCCGACUGGAAGAUUUGAGAAGGAGAUGAUUGACAGAAUCCCCUGUGGUCGGCUGGGAACUAUGGAGGAACUUGCAAAUCUGGCCACUUUCCUUUGCAGUGAUUAUGCCUCUUGGAUUAAUGGAGCAGUCAUUAGAUUUGACGGUGGAGAGGAAGUAUUUCUGUCAGGUGAAUUCAACUCUCUAAAAAAGGUCACCAAGGAGGAGUGGGAUAUAAUCGAAGGGCUCAUCAGGAAGACAAAAGGCUCCUAAGAUGGCCACAACUUCAUCUGUGAAACACUAAAGUUAGGGACUAGAGUGCCACAAAUGGACUGUGGUCUUCCCCUCGUCUUGGGGGUUAAUAAAUUGUUUGCUUGAUGAUUUCUGUAGUUCUGAGGAUCAAACCCAGAGUGUCUGCUCUGCUCAUUUUCUAUCUCUGAGUUACACCUCAGCCCUAAAAAAUGGUCGAUGUUUGCCAUGUGCAAACAGUGUGCCAGGUCAGGGGUGGCCACUCUGUAUGAAGGGUAAAUUGGACAGGAUAUCUUUACUUUAAAACAUGUGAAAAACAAAAAGGGGCAAAGAUUUUUUUUUUCUAAAUUAUUCUUGUGUUGGCUCAGUAGAUAAAGGUGAAAGAUGCUUGUUGCUAAGCCAGUUGAACUGAGUUCAAUCUCAAGGCCCCACUCUGUAGGAUAGAACCAACUCUUCAAAGUGCCUGCUACACAUGCAUACCCCACCCCAGCACAUGUGUACGUGUGUAUGUGUGUGUGUUCACAUAAUGUACACACAACCUCGACCAUGUAUAUAAAUGGCUCGAUUGUUUCACACUCUCUCAUUGUUCUCCAUUAUACUCUUUCCUCUCCCAUGGAACCCUUUCUUUCUCCCUAUCAGUCUUCUUGUACUUUUAGGGUUGCUUCCAUUGGCUUGGGUGUGAGGUCUUUUCCUUCAGGAAGGGGGCUGAGGCCUAUGACGCCUUUCCCUCAGCAACCAUUCUCCACCUGUAGUGCCUCUGGUUGGGUGUGUUGAAAAAGCUUUGAUAGUACUGAAAUGUGUGUGGAAAGGUGGAGAAUGGAAACAGGAGUAGGCUUCUGUGACCUGGUGAAACAGAAGAAGCUUAGGAGUGGAGGUAACCUGUGAGGGACACAUCACACCGUGCCUAUGGCAUGGGGCCUAGAAAUGAGAGGCGCUAUGUUGAGUUCUCAGUAUAUUCUGUUUUCAUUUAGACUUGUGAAUUAUCUUCUUUGUAGCUCUGUAUUAAUUCAGCCUUAGUGUGUUAGGAGAUUGUAUAUUAUAGCAGAUGCUUUAUUGGAUACAGAAUAACUGAUAGUACUUGGCUCUUGAUACUAGAUAAUGGAAAUUUCAGAGUUCUAAAAUAAUUGUAUUGAAGACAUUGAGAUAAGUAUUACAUGGGAUUAAGAUGUUGGGAAAGGAGUAAUUUACAUUGCUUUCAAAGUUAACAAAUUUAGUAAUAUGAGAUAGCAGUCAAGGAUUUCUGUAAGUAGAGACUCAUGAAGGCUAUAAAAUAUUUUUGUAUCUUACUAAUAUAUAUUUUUUAUUUGGGCUAUAAUCUUGCACUUUUGAGAACCAAAUAAGAAAGCCACAGUUUUAAGCCUCCAGAAUUAGAAUUGAGCCUGUGCUUUUAGAAAGUCCAUUUGGCUUUCAGAGCAACCACUUACAGCAUGUUCACUACACUGACCGUCACCAUUGUCCUCUGUGCUAUAACAGGAAGCAGUUUUUAUUACCUCAUAAAUAGAUCUAUGCAAGAAUGUAGAGUUUCUGUUUGUUAUGUGUAAGACCUGUAUGGUAACUGUACAUUGACAGUUAAUUGUGUCAUAAAUGAUGUUUGUUGUACAGUAAACACAACCACAGUGUCAUCGUUUGGGUUUGGAACAAGGCCUUUGAGAAUCACUCUUGUCCACUGGACUGUUCUAAGAUGCUUUUCCCGCACAUCCUUAGUGCCAACAACUACCCCUCGUCUUUGCUUCCUUCCCCUCAUCCCCAUCUGCUGCUUUAAACUUGUCAAUACUUCUUCAACAUUAAAAACUUUUCGGCAGUUGUA